AUGGAUUUCAAGGAGUACAGGCGACGAGGCAAAGAGAUGGUGGACUACAUCGCGGACUACCUGGAGACCAUCCGCGAGCGGAGGGUAUUUCCCGAUGUCAAGCCGGGCUACAUGCAGGAGCUGUUGCCGGCCAAGCCACCCAUGCACGCGGAACCUUGGGACGACGUGUUCAAGGACAUCGAGGGCGUCAUUAUGCCCGGGGUGACCCACUGGCAGAGCCCCCACAUGCACGCCUACUUCCCGGCCCUGAAUUCCCCGGCGUCGCUGCUGGGAGACAUGCUUGCCGACGGCAUCGGUUGCCUGGGUUUCACUUGGGCGUCGAGUCCCGCGUGCACUGAGCUGGAGACGAUCGUGAUGGACUGGCUGGGCCAGAUGGUGGGACUACCCGACGACUUCCUGCACACCAAGUCGGCCAGCAAGGGCGGCGGGGUCAUCCAGACGACGGCCAGCGAGUCGACCUUCGUGUCCCUGCUGGCGGCACGCUCCGAGGUGCUGCACUGCAUGCGCAACGAGUACCCGGACAUGGACGACGCCGACGUGAACGGAAGGCUGGUGGCCUACUGCUCGGACCAGGCCCAUUCGUCGGUGGAGAAGGCGGGUCUCAUGGGGCUCGUUAAGAUGCACUACGUCGAGUCGGACGACAACCUGAGCAUGAGGGGACACCAGCUCAGGGAAGCCAUGGAGCGGGACCGCCAGGACGGACUGAUCCCUUUUUACGUCUGCGCGACACUUGGAACAACGGGGGCGUGUGCUUUCGACAACCUUCAAGAGAUCGGAGAGAUUUGCGCCGAGGGCUCGGUGUGGUUGCACGUGGACGCUGCGUACGCCGGGGCGGCCUUCAUCUGCCCGGAGUUCCGGCACUGGCUGCGAGGCAUCGAGAUGGCCGACUCGUUCGCCUUCAACCCGUCCAAGUGGCUCAUGGUGCACUUCGACUGCACGGCCAUGUGGGUCAAGAAUAGUAGAGCGCUGCACCGUACCUUCAAUGUUGAACCGCUGUAUCUCCAACACGAAAACUCAGGCCUCGCUGUUGACUACAUGCAUUGGCAGAUUUCCUUAAGCAAGAGGUUUCGCAGCUUGAAGCUGUGGUUCGUCAUUCGCCUACAUGGGGUAGAAGGACUCCAAAGCCACAUACGCAAAAGCGUCGAACUGGCUCAACUCUUCGAGAGUCUGGUUCGCGCGGACAAGCGGUUCGAGAUACCGGCGCCACGCUACCUGGGUCUCGUCGUAUUUCGGCUCAAAGGACCUAACGCCGGGACCGAGAAACUGCUGAAGAAACUGAACGCCAGCGGGAAGCUGCACUGCGUGCCGUCGGCCCUGAAAGGAAAGUACGUCAUCCGGUUCACGGUGACGUCGCAGCAGACCACAGAAGACGACAUUCGACGGGACUGGGACGUCAUCCAGGCGCUCGCGAAGGACAUCGUUCCGCACAGGAUCACGUUGGCCGAAGUGAAGCGCCAGGAGCCCGAGUUCGGCACGAGCCUGCUGUUGUCCAACAGCCCUCUGACGCCAAAGGUGAUGAACGGCAGCUAUGUGGCCUUCUUCGACGGCACCAACGUCUGGAAGGACUUGGUGAGCCGGUACAGCGACCACUUCACCCUGGGCUCGACGGACAGUCCCGCGCUGCGCCGGAGGGUCAGGGGGCUUAUGGUGAGCCAGAAGCAGUACAGCCUCGACUCCAGGAUGGACCUCAUGAACAGCCUGGUGGCAGCCUCGGUCGUCGCAGUUGUGGUUCCGCCGAUGUUGGGUCAAGGAGUGCAGCCGACGGAUUCCUGGGCGAAAACACAAACGUGGGACGACGAUGUUAUCGAGAACCAUCUGGAAACGCUCGGACGUACAAAAGACGCCGGGGAGCAAAGCGUCGAUGCCGAUCCGGAGUCCAAGCUGCAGAACGGAAACCAGUCCGACGUGGCGUCCAACGUCAUCGCCGAGGUCGAGGAAGACCCCUUCACGGACGGCGUCGACGUCGCUGCCAGAGACCCCUACUCGGAGCCCGGCUCCACCAACCCCGGGACAUAUCCGGGACAUCGAAACGCGAUCAAGCUCAGCGAAUAA